AUGGUGCAUGUCACUUGUUUGGCACAUGGUAUGCACAGAGUUGCAGAAGAAAUUCGAGAAAUACAUGGUGUAUUGCAAAAAUUAGAUUCAAAUGAUGUGGUUUCUAUUAAAGAAGCUAAACUACUUUUAAGUGAAAAUUCUAUAGAAGCUAACUUGGUUUUUAUUCAUUCAAAUUAUGGUUUUUUAACAUCAAGAAUAACGCAACUUGAAAGACAGGAUAUUUCAUCAAUUGAUUCAAUAUUGAUCGUUAAAUCGGUUCUAAAUAAAUUAAAUGACGUAGUUGGUGAAGUAGGCGACGCAAUAAACCGAAAACUAAAUAAUGUUUUGGAAAAAAAUACUAGAUUCAGUAUUUUACGAAAUAUAUCGAACAUUUUAAAUGGAGAAAUCACAUCUAUGGACGAAUUUCCAGAAGACUUAACCGGAAAUGACCUUAUUUACUUCAAGUAUGCCCCCAUAACUUCAGCUGAUGUGGAAAGAUGUUUUUCGCGAAACAAAAAUAUUCUUUCAGAUAAUCGUCGGAGAUUGGAUGUCGAAAAUAUUAAAAAAAACUUUGGUGGUUCAAUGCAACAAAUUUACAGUUUCUUGACGGACAAUCGUGUACCAUUACACAAUUUAGGAGGAUUUAGAUUCCGCAACAUAAUUAUGAUCGAUCCCACUUUUACCUGCAAAUUAUGCGGUGGAGUUCCGGGCACAUCAAGCGAGUUCAAAAAUUCUGUCGGAUAG